GCAGCGUUGGUCUCGAGUGGGACGAAACGGUGUUCGCCAACUUCCUCCAGUAACAACGAAGGUAGUCGGUUGGCUAUCAAAGAAACGGGCGAAUAAAUAUUUUAGUUCCCCACCUUCUUGGCUGGGUGGAGGUCAAUCAAAUCGAAGUGGGGAAUGCUCCGAUUCCUUUCACGGUUCUUCGUUUGCGCCCCCCAAUAACAUAUGCAGGACUUCAAUUGGUCGUCCACGGGGAAUCUUCUUCGGCUCCAAAAAGGGAAAGUAUAUGGCAAUUCUUGUAUGCUGGUUACUAGGAAAUGGAUGCCUUUUUUCAUGGAAUAGUAUGCUGACGAUUGAAGAUUACUAUGUUUACCUCUUUCCGAGCUACCACCCAACUAGAGUACUUACUCUUGUUUACCAACCUUUCGCCCUUGGAACUAUUGCAAUACUUGCAUAUCACGAAGCAAAGAUUAACACCAGAAGGCGCAACCUUGCUGGAUAUUCUCUCUUUUUCUUAAGUUCGUUAGCUCUAAUUGUGUUGGAUGUGGCAACAUCUGGAAAAGGAGGUAUUGGAGUCUUUAUCGGUGUAUGUGUUGUAAGUGGAGCAUUUGGAGUUGCCGAUGCACAUGUUCAAGGAGGGAUGGUUGGUGAUCUAUCCCUAAUGUCCCCAGAGCUUAUUCAAUCCUUCUUGGCUGGGCUGGCAGCUUCAGGAGCUUUAACAUCUGCUCUUAGGUUAAUCACAAAAGCAGCUUUUGAGAACUCCCAGGAUGGUCUUCGAAAGGGUGCAAUGAUGUUCUUUGCAAUUUCAUGUUUUUUCGAGCUUCUCUGUGUUUUUCUAUAUGCAAUUGUCUUCCCCAAACUGCCAAUUGUGAAGUUUUACCGAGCAAAGGCAGCUUCUGAAGGGUCAAUGACUGUCUCUGCUGACCUUGCUGCCGGCGGAAUACAAACACACCAUGCCCAAGGGCUUUUGCAGGUUGAGGAGGAUCCAAAACUUGAAGAACGCUUGAACAACAGACAGUUACUUUUGCAAAAUAUCGAUUAUGCUGUCGACAUUUUUCUGAUAUAUGUUUUGACGUUGUCCAUUUUUCCUGGAUUCCUGUCAGAGGAUACGGGCUCCCACGGCUUGGGCUCAUGGUAUGCACUUGUUCUGAUUGCGAUGUAUAACGUGUGGGACCUCAUUGGGAGAUAUAUACCUCUUUUGAAGCGGUUCAAGCUGGCAUCUAGGAAAUGUCUCAUGGCUGCAAUUCUUUCACGUUUCAUACUCAUUCCAGCCUUCUACUUCACAGCGAAGUAUGGAGAUCAAGGCUGGAUGAUCGUGUUAACAUCAUUCUUAGGACUUAGCAAUGGUUAUCUGACAGUCUGUGUUCUUACUGCUGCACCUAAAGGAUACAAGGGACCAGAGCAAAAUGCUUUAGGGAACUUGCUUGUACUAUGUCUUCUAGCAGGUAUAUUUGCAGGGGUGACACUUGAUUGGCUGUGGCUGAUUGGCAAAGGCUGGUGAAACCGCACUGGUAACACUAUUACUUUUGGAGGUUAUGGCAAAUGUACUUGUAUAUGUAAUAAUGCUUCUCCUCCAUUCAUUUAGAAGCUGCUUAGUUCCUGAAUGUUUGUUUGUUUUUUUUUUUUUUGUCUGUGUGUGUCUAUGAACGGUUUACAGUUUGGAGGUUUGUGAUUUCAAAGCCUCCUUGGUAGAAUAAUAAUCAUCUCCCACACAGUUGGAGAUUGAAUGUUAAACUGUGCAGUUCAUAUGUCAAUGCCAAUGUAAGUUUUUCCUUACAUAUAACAUAGUA